AAAGUAAGUUAAAACAAAGUUUAAAUGAUUAGAUAAAAAGUCGAUAAAAAGGUCGAAAUUAAGGGGGGUGGUAAUGAGAUUUAAAAUCGGAAUUAUGAGAUAAGAAAGUUGAAAAUAUGUGACUAAAAAGCGAAAAUAGGAGAUAAAAAGAAAAUGUGAGAUAAAGAAACAAAAUUAGAUAAAAAGUCGAAAUUAUUAGAUAAAAAGUGAAUCACGAGGUCAAAAGUCGAACUGAGAUUAAAAAAAAAAAGUUGAAAUUAUGAGAUGAAAAACCCAAGUUAUAAAACAGUCAAAAUUAUGAGAUAAAAAUGUAAAUUAUGAGAUAAGAAAGUUGAAGUUAUGUAAUUUAAAAAAAAAUCCAAUUUGUGAGAUUAAAAAGUCUAAAUUAUAAUAUGGAGAAUCAAUAUUAUGAAAAUAAAAAAAUGGCAAAUACUAGUUAAAAAGUCGAAAUUAUGAGACAUCAUAUGCAACAGUCAUAGUUAACAUAUAAGUGGUGAUGCUGCAAUGUUGAACAAGUACUGACAGAAAUAAGACAAAAAAGAAAGAAAAAGUUACAUUCCUGAUUACAAACGUUUUUACGUUUAUUAUUAACUAUUUUGUACUGUAAUACUGAAUAUCGAUUAUUACACAAAGAAGUAAAUAAUCUCAGAAACAACAUGAACUUCCUUGUAGAAUGCUAAGAACUACAAAUCCCACAACCUCACACGUCACCACCACGUCUCCACACUCUUAUCUGAUUGGGCAGCCUGAGUAAAACCUCUCCUGAUUGGUCCAGCGGGGCCAUGUUUGCGUCCCCAGCUGUCUUGACGCGGUGUCGCUAACCGGUUAGCCGCCUCAGCUUACAACGUCGUUUAAACUCACGGUACAGACCAACGGCGACGAGUCGUGAUGCCGGUCCACUCCCGGGAGAAGAAGGAAAACAACCACGACGAAAUGGAGGUGGAUUUCCCGGAGCAAGACGCUAGCAGCACGGACGAGGAGGACACGGUUAGCACGUCCGUGUCUGAAGAUGGAGACAGCUCAGAGAUGGAUGACGAAGACUGCGAGAGGAGGAGGAUGGAGUGCCUGGACGAGAUGACCACGCUGGAGAAACAAUUCACAGACUUGAAGGAGCAAUUGUAUAAAGAACGUCUGAGCCAGGUAGACGUCAAGCUACAGGAGGUGAUGGCCGGAUGUGCCCAGGAGUACCUGGAACCUUUAGCCAACCUUCAGGAGAACAUGCAAAUCAGAACCAAAGUGGCAGGCAUCUACAAGGAGCUGUGCUUGGAGUCGGUGAAGAACAAGUACGACUGCGAGAUCCAGGCGGCCUGCCAGCACUGGGAGAGUGAGAAGCUGCUGCUCUUUGACACCGUGCAAAGCGAGCUGGAGGAGAAGAUAAGACGGCUGGAGGAAGACAGACACAGCAUCGACAUCACCUCAGCAGCACUAAGAGCGGACUCCGCCAAACUACCUCUAGAGCUGUGGAAUGAUGGACUGCAUGCCAGGAAAAAUAAGAAGAAGGAUCCAUUCUGUCCAAUUAAGAAGAAGAAGCCAGUCGUGGUUUCUGGGCCUUAUAUUGUUUACAUGCUGCAAGAUCUGGAUAUUCUUGAAGACUGGACCGCGAUACGCAAGGCCAUGGCAUCCCUUGGACCGGCCAGGGCGAAAGUUGAUGCCGUAUCAGCCAAAACGGAGCGACAUCACCACGUGGCCCGCUCUGAAGACGGAAGACUGUUCUAUGACAACCAGUGGUACUGCAGGGGCCAGGCCAUCUGUAUCAACAGGAAGGACGAGUGUCCCGCAAGCGCCGUCAUCACCACCAUCAACAAUGACGAGGUGUGGUUCAAACGACUGGACGGCACCAAGUCCAAGCUGUACAUCUCCCAGCUGCAGAAAGGCAAAUACACCAUCAAACACUCUUGAAACAGCCAAACUGUGGUGUGCGCCAUCACACCAAGCACCUCACCUUUAUUUGCACGCAAUGGGACCACCUGUCCACCAUCGAAGGAUUUGCUCCUCUGUACAUAUGUAUUUAUGUUGAUAGGGCAAAGUCACAAAGUGUCAUGUCUGCACUAAGUCAGAUCGCUGCUAAGACGGAGGGCGAUAAAGCGGCGCAACGAUCCCUGGAGCUCAGUCCCGUGCCUUUCUGAGACCAGACCUUGGCUGAAUUACAACACCUGCGCAGAAAGCAAUCAAAAGACUGCGAGUGGGUUCAAACGGGUCAGUUCGUUUUUGCUGCUCCUUACAAUCCUGCCUAAUACGAGUGUGUGUGUGUGUGUGUGUGUGUGUGUGUGUGUGUGUGUGUGUGUGUGUGUGUGUGUGUGUGUGUGUGUGUGUGUGUGUGUGUGUGUGUGUGUGUGUGUGUGUGUGUGUGUUCAAAUAUUGCACAAGAUGAGGAGGGGAGAGUGUAGAUCAAUUAAGACAGGGGUGUCCAAACUUUUUCCAUUGACAGCAUGCGGGGGCCAUUUUGACGAUUUUCAUUUUUAAAACCAUUAGGGCUCCCUUCAAUUUCACAGAACACUAAAGGUCCCGCGGACCCAAAGGGGUCUCAGUCAUUAAAGUGUUAAAAAUAAGUCAUGUGUUAAUGGUUUUUUCAACAUUUAAAUAUGUAUAGAUCAACUUCAGAUCGAUCCGUUGCCAUUAAGUAACAUUUGUUUUGUGUUAUUUCUAGUUUUUUUUUCCCCAAAGAAAGAAUGAAAAAAAUUUUGGGGUUUUUUUCGGGAAAAACACAAAAUAUUCAAUGUUUUCCCCCAAGCAUUUUCCAAAAUGGAAUGUUUGAUGUGAAGUAAUUGAAGCCUGCAAUAGAUGAAUAAUUCAUAGAAUCAUUGCUUUUGAUUCAUUAUUGUUUUGAACAAAAAAAAUAUCAUUAUCUUGUCUCAAAAAAAUCCUCAUAAAUGUGUUAAAAAAGAUAAUAUCAAUGUAUAUUAUUUUUACUUCCAAGGCUUACAUAUCUAGAUCAAUUUCAGAUAUAUCCGUCCAUUAUAAGGUUACAUUAUAUUUUCAUUAGCAACAGUUUUAAAGUAAAAACCAGCCUGCAUGGCAACUUUAUGUUGUUAGUGUCAAUAUUGCAACAUUUUCUCCUUACAUUUCACCUGUAUGAUCUUUUAUUCCACUUUUAUGUUUUGUUUUUGUAAAUGUAUUUUUUUUUAAAAAGCGCAACGGCCAUUUUGAUAUUUUCCUUUUCCAAAUUUUGGUGAAGGUUAAAGGUCCCGGGGACCCUAAAGGGUCUCAGUCAUUAAAGUUGUUUACUAAUAUUUGUUUUACUUUUAACACUUAAAUAUAGAUAAAUUGCCAUAAAGUUUUUUUUAAUGUGUUAUGUAAUUUCCUCCUCUCCCCCAGCAAACCCUGUGUUUGCCUAAAAAAAACUUGUUAGUCCUUUUUUUUUUUUGGGGGGGGAAAACAAAAUGUGCAAUAUUUUCCCCAAAACAUUUUUCAAAGUGGAAUAUUUGAUGUGAAGUAAUUUGAGCUGAAAUAGGUCAAUCAUUUGUAAAACCAUUGCUUUUGAUUCUCUUUUUUUUUUUGAAACAAAAAUCUGACUAAAGGUCUCAGGGAUCCAAAAGGAGCCCCAUUCAAAAGUAUUAAAAUAUGUCAUAUAGUUUUACUUUCAAUCUUACAUCUCCAGAUCAACUUCAGAUCUAUCCGUCCAUUGUUACAUUUCACAUGUUUGCUUUUUAAUUGCACUUUUUUUUGUAGUAAUAUUUUUUUAAACGGGCGGGUGCCAUUUUGAUAUUUUUCAUUUUCAAAAUCAUUAUGCCCCCCUCAAUUUUGGUGAGCGUUAAAGGUCCUGGGUACCCAAAGGGUACCAAAGGGUCUCAGUCAUUAAAAGUGUUUUAAAAAAAGUUAUGUAAUAAUAUUAUUUUACUUUCAACACUUAAAUAUCUUUAGAUCAACUUCAGAUAUAGUCGUUGUCAUAACAUAUACAUAAUACAUAUAUAUAUACACUACCGUUCAAAAAUUUGGGGUCACAUUGAAAUGUCCUUAUUUUUGAAGGAAAAGCACUGUACUUUUCAAUGAAGACAACUUUAAACUAGUCUUAACUUUAAAGAAAUACACUCUAUACAUUGCUAAUGUGGUAAAUGACUAUUCUAACUGCAAAUGUCUGGUUUUUGGUGCAAUAUCUACAUCGGCGUAUAGAGGCCCAUUUCCAGCAACUAUCACUCCAGUGUUCUAAUGGUACAAUGUGUUUGCUCAUUGGCUCAGAAGGCUAAUUGAUGAUUAGAAAACCCUUGUGCAAUCAUGUUCACACAUCUGAAAACAGUUUAGCUCGUUACAGAAGCUACAAAACUGACCUUCCUUUGAGCAGAUUGAGUUUCUGGAGCAUCACAUUUGUGGGGUCAAUUAAACACUCAAACUGGCCAGAAAAAGAGAACUUUCAUCUGAAACUCGACAGUCUAUUCUUGUCUUAGAAAUGAAGGCUAUUUCACAAAAUUGUUUGGGUGACCCCAAACUUUUGAACGGUAGUGUAUAUAUAUAUAUUUUAUUUAUUUAUUAAGUUUUUUAUUAUAUAUAUAUUUUUUUUAAUGUUGUAUGCCCUAUUUUUUAAAUGAAAUUGUGUGUUUUCAUGUCAAAAACACAAAAGUAUGCAAUAUUUUUCCCAAAACAUUUUUUUUAAUUGAAUAUUUGGUGUGAAGUAAUUGGAGCUUUAAAUUGGUAAGUAAUCAAUAACAAUAUUUUUAUUUUUUGAACAAUGACCGUUAAAAAAACAUACAUCAAAGAUGUCUGGAAUCCAAACGGCCACCACUCAUAAAAGUAUUCAAAUAAGUCAUAAAUUAAUAUACAUUAUUUUUACUUUCAACAAUAAGUGUUUGUUUUUUAAGCAAUGGCAGUUUCAAAGUAAAAAAAAAAAAAGAGCCUGCAUUGCAGCUUUGUGUUAUUAUUGUCAAUAUAGCAACAUUUUAUCGGUACAUUGCACCUUUAUGCUCUUUAAUUCCAUUUUUUAUUUUUUAUUUUUUUUGUAAUAGUAUUUUUAAAAUGGGCCGUGAGCCACAAAUGGCCCCCAGGCCGCACUUUGGACACCCCUGAAUUGAGAUUAAAGUGAUGAACCUUAAUGUCAUAAGACAGGAGGUUUUGAUUUGGGGAGCCUCUGGAGGAUCUCGAGUAGUCUUGACCUGGUUUUUUACAGCACUGAAGUUUAAAUGCCAGCACUGGGCAUGAAGUUUUGGGAGGCUCCCUGGACAAAGAAGACUUUAUGUUGUGUGUUGGUGUGCCUGACGCUGUCCAAGGUGGAACAUCUGUGGCGACAUCGAGGCUUCAACUGGUGGGCGGCGUUAAAUGAAUUGUGUCCUUGUAUCUGUUUGUUGAUCUCCUUUCUGUCGCUACAAAUAGAUCUGAGAAACAAACAAGAAAUUAAUUGUCCUGAUCCUGCUGUCUUGUAAAACAUAUUCUUUCUUUUUGCUUUGUCUCCACAAAUAUUAACCAUGAAUGUGCUUGCAACAGAACAACAACAAACAUACCAGAGAUUCUGACCCAGAAAAUUCACAUAAUUUUGCCAAAU